AUACUAUCUGACAGCAACUUACUGUACCUAUUUUCAAGCCUUGAAGAUAAUCAAUAGACGCAAUAGACUCUUGCGAUCGCUAAGAUACGCGCAUUUUUUGGUAGUUAGUAGUAGUAUACCUACAACUGUUACAAUGUUAUAAAGUAACUAAGUACCUGUUGAUCAAAAUAUUUAAAAAUUAUUUACAAAAUAACUCACGAUAUGGACCAAAUCGGGGAACCAGCGGCUGAAAAUUUGGUGGGGUUUAAAUUUUUAUUGGGCGUUACCGAAGUAGUCGGACUUGUUUUAAUUAUUUUGAUGAUAGUAUGGACUAAAAAUUUCCAAGGAGGUUUUGCAUGGACUGAUAAUCCUACGCUCCAAUUUAAUUGGCAUCCAUUAUUAAUGACUAUCGGCCUAGUAUUUUUGUAUGCUAAUGGUAUGCUAAUUUACAGAUCACAAAGAACAGUACGCAAAAGAAGACUGAAGUUAUUGCAUGGAGGAAUUAUGAUUUUUACACUUGUGAUGACUGUAGUUGCAUUAAUUGCCGUAUUUGAUAUGCACAAUUUAAAAAAACCGCCAAUUCCUAACAUGUAUACAUUGCACAGUUGGGUUGGACUCAGUAGUGUCAUUCUAUUUGCAUGCCAAUGGCUGGCAGGUUUUAUUUCAUUUUUAUUCCCUGGUCUUCAUGUAUCAAUACGUUCAGCAUAUUUACCAAUCCACGUUUACUUUGGAACCGCUGGAUUUGUUGGUGUCAUUGCUUCCUGCUUACUCGGAUUAAAUGAAAAAGCUAUUUUUGCAUUAAGCUCAAAAUAUUCGCAGUUCGUACCUGAAGGAAUUUUGAUAAACGUCAUGGGCCUACUGUUUGUAAUUUUCGGAGGUCUUACUGUCUACCUAGUGUCUCAUACCGGAUACAAACGACAACCACGCACUGAAGAUGAUAUUUUAUUAACUGGACGUCAGUAAAAAAUGUUAUUAUUAUAUUCCGUGUUGAGUGAUUUUAAAGUAUAUGUGUGCUAAAUAGUAUUAAAAAAAUGCUGGUGCUUGUAUUUUUUAUGUUCUAAUAUUUAUUGAUAUAUGAUUCUAUUAAUAAUAUAAUUAAAAAUAUAUGUAUAAUUUACAAACUGAAAAUCAUUUUGUUUUAUAUAUAUUAGAGUGGUCUUCAAAAAAGUGAUUUUAGAAAUU